AUGAAGGCACUUAUUCUUGUUGGAGGUUUUGGUACUCGUCUUAGACCCCUCACGCUUACUCUUCCUAAGCCACUUGUCGAGUUUGCCAAUAAGCCCAUGAUCUUGCAUCAAAUCGAAAACUUGGCCAAGGCUGGUGUAACAGACAUCGUAUUAGCUGUCAAUUAUCGUCCUGAGAUCAUGGUGGCUGCCUUGAAGGAAUAUGAAAAGCAAUAUAAUGUCAAAAUUACAUUUUCUGUCGAGACAGAACCUCUUGGUACAGCAGGUCCACUUGCUUUAGCUAGAGAAAUCCUUGCCAAAGAUGAUUCACCCUUCUUUGUACUCAACAGUGACGUGAUUUGUGAUUAUCCUUUUGAACAAUUACGUGACUUCCACUUGGCACAUGGCGGUGAAGGUACAAUUGCUGUAACAAAGGUCGAUGAUCCUUCCAAGUAUGGUGUCGUCGUCAACCGUCCAAAUUCUUCAUUGAUUGAACGAUUCGUUGAAAAACCCAAGGAAUUUAUUUCCAACAAGAUUAAUGCUGGCAUGUACAUCUUGUCCCCUGCUGUUUUGGAUAGAAUUGAGCUGAGACCUACAUCGAUUGAAAAAGAAGUAUUUCCCUAUGUAGCUGAAGAAGGUCAACUUCACACAUUUGACCUCGAAGGCUUCUGGAUGGAUGUUGGACAACCCAAGGACUUCCUGACUGGCACCUGUCUAUACUUAUCUCAUUUGGCCAAGAAGCAACCCGAGUCUCUUGCGAACGGUCCAUACAUUCAUAAGGGCAACGUCAUGGUUCAUCCUACUGCAAAGAUCGGAAAGGAUUGUCGAAUUGGCCCGAACGUAGUCAUUGGUCCUAAUGUCGUCAUAGGCGAUGGCGUUCGUCUUCAACGCUGUGUUAUUUUGGAAGGCGUACAAGUCAAGGACUUUGCCUGGAUUAACUCAAGCAUUAUCGGAUGGCAUUCUUCUGUCGGACGCUGGUCACGUAUCGAAGGCUGCUCUGUCUUGGGUGAUGACGUUACAGUAAAUGAUGAAAUAUACAUUAACGGAGGUUCCAUCUUGCCUCAUAAGGGAAUCUCUUCCAACAUUACAGAACCUCAAAUUAUCAUGUAA